CAGUGCGCAGAUGCGGAUGCCACACGGUCGGAUUUCGUUGCUGGUGGUUAACCCAGUCAACCUGUGCGCAGGACAUGUGGAAGAUCCGUUAAUGUUCACAAGAGUGGCUGUUUAGCUAGUUCAUUGUGCGAUAAUAGUCGUUAACUGGUUAAAUACCACCUCGGGCGUCUGUUGGAGACGGUUGAAUUUAAUCUCUGCUUGGAGCUGAAUCAGAAAUCGGAGGAACAGCGGAAGAAGGCAAGGAGAGAUGUCAUACUAUUCAUCUUCCCGUAGUUCGUCUCGGGCCACUGACUGUAAAGUGUACGUGGGUGACUUAGGCAAUGGUGCUGCCAAAGGGGAGCUGGAGCGAGCGUUCAGUUAUUACGGCCCACUGAGAAGCGUCUGGGUGGCCAGGAACCCACCUGGGUUUGCCUUUGUGGAGUUUGAGGAUCCCAGAGACGCAGAAGAUGCUGUGAAAGGAAUGGAUGGAAAGGUCCUUUGUGGUUCCCGUGUUCGUGUGGAGAUGUCAACAGGCCUCUCCCGGAAGGGCCGUGGGCGCCCCAGCCGACGUCAGUUCGACCCCAAUGAUCGGUGUUACCAGUGUGGGGACCGGGGCCACUAUGCCUAUGACUGCUACCGCUUUAGCAAGAGAGGAGGAGGAGGAGGUCGUCGCAGCAGGUCUCGCUCGCAUUCUCGAUCUCGCUCCAGGUCCAGGUCCCGAGGGCACCGCUAUCGCUCUCGCUCCCGCAGCCGUAGCCACAGCAGGAGCCGUCGCCGAUCUCCAUCCUACUCCAGACGCAGGAGCAGGUCUGGCUCCCCAGCUCGUUCCAAGUCCAGGACUCCAGUGAGAAGUCGCUCCAGAUCUCGGUCUCGGUCUGGCUCUGCGCCCAGAGGACGCUCUGCCUCCCGAUCCCGCUCACGAUCUCCGCCAGCCAACCACAAGAGGAACAGUCGUUCCCGUUCAGCAAGUCCAAACCGAAGCCCUACGCCAGCAGACGACUGAAUGAAGAAGACUAUUAGUCCCCCCCUCCCCCCCAACCGCUCUCCUUAACAGACAGACCCUCAACCCCUGCACCCUGUCUGCUUUUACAGCCCUACAGCUGCUGUUUUUUGUACUUGUCUGUCUAGUCCCAGUCUUUUAAGUUUAAUUUUCUCCCCAGGACUGCAGUCUUUGUGCAGCGUCAGAUAUAGUCAGUAUAGCAGACGUGCAUCAGUUUCCAUUUGAUAGAGAUUGUGUUAAAUGUUGCUGCUGCUGCAUAGGUCAUCUUUCUUCUCAGAAGUCGCGUAGCAAGUGUAAGAAGCAACACCUAUGUUAGGGUAAUACUGAAUGUUGCAGCUGACUCAGUACAGUACAGUACAUUUCAGUGGAAGAUAGCCCAAGUGAUGCAGUUUUAGAGCGGGAGGACAUUGCAUUGGGAAAAAAAACGCUUUUAUUCCCUAAACUCACAUUUCUGAACCUUAAAAUAUUUUUCCCCAUUGUGAAUCUGCAAAUUAUGUUGUGUUUUUUUUUUUUGUUGUAUUGCUCUCCAAUUUGAUUUUUGAGUUCAAAUGCUGUUUAACAUUUCCACUCAUGAUGGCAUAAGGAAACAGUUGCUGGCCUGCAUGCCUUUAAAUCUGAUGUCACAUUCCUACUGUUUGUUUCUGUGCUGCACUGCCCUUUUUACGAACCUUAUCAGCUUCACUGUGUGCUGAAUAGAUUUUCCCCAAGUGUUGAUUUCCGAUAUGUUCCUGUGACUUCUGAUUUUAAAAUAUUUACAGUGCUUCAAUUUGAUUUCUGUAAGGGCUGCUUAAACAGUUUUGUUCUGUUCCUUACUUCUGUGGUAAGACAGUGGCAGUUUUAUUUUUGAAUAAACCUCUUCAACAUAA